CGGAAUGGACGGGAACCCCGAACCCCAAAUUGAUCCGAUCCACUCACCUUUUUUCCCCUUCUAAUUUCACUUUCACCUCCUCCGCCACCAGUUCGGGGAAAAGGAAUUUUUGGAGAAAAAUCCCAUUGGCCCAGCCCAGAAUACUCAGCCGCGCGCCGCGACCUUCGCUCCCGUCUCCGGUCUCCGCCUGCCCCCCGUCCCCAACCUAUCGGGAGCGCUCCCGAUUCGCGGGAGCGAGAGAAAUAGAGUGCCCCCCGCUCUCCGCUCUCCGCCGCGGAUCAGCGCCGUCGCCGAUCGGAGGCCCUCGCUUCCGCCGGCGGGCGGCGCGAGCCGGGAGAUGGACGGCGGCGCGGGUGCCGGUCGGAGGAGCGUCCCCUCCUCCUCCGGAUUCAGGAGGAGGGUCCCGCCCGCCGAGAACGGGCACGGCCAUGACGCCCCGCCGCCCUCCAGGCGGUCCUCCGCCUCCCUCUCCCGCGGCCACUCCACGCCGCUGACUGGCGAGAGGACCGUGAAAAGGCUGAGGUUGUCCAAGGCACUGACGAUACCGGAUCACACGACCGUGCACGAGGCUUGUCGGAGGAUGGCAUCACGCAGGGUAGAUGCCGUGUUACUGACCGACUCCAAUGCUUUGCUCUGUGGGAUCCUUACCGACAAGGACAUAACCACAAGAGUGAUUGCUCGUGAGUUGAAGAUGGAAGAGACACUGGUCUCCAAGGUCAUGACUAGAAACCCUGUAUUUGUUCUCGCGGACACGCUUGCCGUUGAGGCGUUGCAAAAGAUGGUGCAAGGUAAGUUCAGACAUCUGCCUGUUGUUGAGAAUGGUGAAGUCAUUGCAAUUCUGGACAUAGCCAAGUGCCUAUAUGAUGCUAUUGCACGGAUGGAAAGGGCGGCGGAGAAAGGAAAAGCGAUCGCCGCUGCUGUUGAGGGCGUUGAAAAGCAUUGGGGAACAGCUGUAUCUGGUCCUAACAAUUUUAUUGAGACUCUUCGAGAACGGAUGUUUAGGCCAUCACUGUCUACCAUUAUCUCUGAGAAUUCAAAAGUGGUCACUGUUGUACCAUCAGACACGGUGUUGACAGCAUCAAAGAAGAUGCUGGAACUAAAAAUGAGUUCAGCAGUUGUAGCAAUCGAAAGCAAACCUGGGGGAAUUCUGACAUCUAGAGAUAUCCUGAUGCGUGUUAUCGCCCAAAAUCUUCCUCCUGAGUCCACUACAGUCGAGAAGGUCAUGACUCAGUGUCCUGAAUGUGCCUCGGUAGACACCCCAAUUCUUGAUGCUCUUCACACAAUGCAUGAUGGAAAAUUUUUACAUUUGCCUGUUCUGGACAGGGAUGGAAAUGUUGUGACUGUUGUUGAUGUUCUUCACAUAACGCAUGCUGCAAUUGCUACGGUUGGAAACAGCGGGGCAGCUGGAUCUGAGUCAACGUCUGCCAUGAUGCAGAGGUUCUGGGAUUCAGCAAUGUCCAUUGGACCUCUUGAUGAUGAUGAUGACUCCACCAGAAGCGAAGGAUCGACAAAGGUGGCAUCUGAGGCAGCAGAUAUAGGAAGAUCAGCCUUGUUUCCAGCUUCUGCUUUAUCAAACACUUUUGGGUUCAAGAUUCAGGACAAGCAAGGGAGAAUGCACAGAUUUAACUGUGAAACGAGCAGCUUGACAGACCUGAUAACUAGCAUUCUUCAGAGGGUCGGCGAUGACAUUGACAGAAAACACCUGCCACAAAUUUUGUAUGAAGAUGAGGACCAUGAUAAGGUCAUAUUGUCGUCGGACAGUGACCUUAUAGCUGCCGUAGACCACGCAAGACAAAUCGGUUGGAAGAGCCUAAGGCUGCACUUGGACUACGCCCGCCGGAAGAGAGGGGACGGUUCCUCAGACUUCGAGUACGCUGGCAAGGAUGCAUGGGCUUCUGCAUACAGUGCUGUCGCGGCAGGGGCGGCUCUGGUUGCUGGGCUCGGCGUGAUGGCUUACUUGAAACGGUCAGGGUAAUAGCUUGAGGCAAGCACGGCAGGGACUAGGGAGCACGGUUUUGAUCGUCUUUGUGAUACAAGUGCCACUUCAUCGGAAUUGGCAGAAUGGCUGUGUAAGUAAUUCUUGUGAGAGAGGAAAAAAAUGAAGAUUUUAAUAAUACUACUGUCAAGGCAGUGAAUGGUCCCUUCAUAC